AUGUGGAUGAAGCAAGUUGGCUACAAGCCCCGUUCCAGUUCAAUGUCCUCAGCUACCAGCGAUACCGAGGCGAACAAGGUCUCCUCAAGCAACGAUAACCAACUCAGUGGAACUGUCAAACGUGGUGGAACAAGCGACACGCCCAGCUUUGCAACCAAUUCGAACCCUUCGAGCCCUACCAGCCCUACAGGUGCAGCUGGAAGAAGAAGGUCCUCGGCAGGCAAUUACGCUGGCCUAUCGGGCCUCAAGCGGAAUUCUCAAGAUGGAAAACUAGCCAGCUAUAUGGAGCAGAAGCCGGGCGGUGGUGGUGUGCUCAGCGGCUUGUGGGAGAACUUCACCAGAAAAUGA